CCCGCGCCCACGUUGCCCGCCGCGGAUACGCCGCUUGCGAUGCCCGCGCCGAUGCCCCUGCCGCUGCCGGUGCCGCUAGCCACGCCCGACUCGCCUACGUCGCUGGUGACGACGACGACCGACUUCGCACCGACUCCAUCGGUCGCGUCGACCGUCGCUUCUAUUGCUGUUCCCGAAGCACUAGAACCGAAGGGCGCGCUUGUAGUCGCCGCCCCCUCCGCCGCAGCACCCCCCGUCCCCACGUGCGCGCCUGUGGCUGCGCAGGUGAUUAGCGCGGCGAGUGCGGCGAGCGCGGCGAGCGCGGCGGACGAGAUGGUGGAGAAGGCCAAGCAGGAGGCGUACGUGGCGGCUCGCGUGGCCGAGCUGGCUCGCGCCGGCCUGUGGACGGAGCGCCGGCUGCCGCGCGUGCUGGAGCCACCGCGCCCCAAGACGCAUUGGGACUACCUGCUGGAAGAGAUGGCCUGGCUCGCCCAAGACUUUUCGCACGAGCGAAAAUGGAAAAAACAAGCCGCAAAAAAGUGUGCUAGGGCUGUACAAAAAUAUUUUCAAGAUAAAGCUCUCGCUGCACAGAAAGCAGAAAAAGCCCAAGAACUGCAAUUAAAAAAGAUUGCGUCAUUUGCGGCUAAAGAAAUCCGUACAUUCUGGUCUAAUGUGGAGAAACUGGUGGAGUGGAAGCGGGUGCGGCGCGUCGAGCGAGCACGGAAGGAAGCUUUGGACGAACAGUUGAGCUACAUCGUGGACCGCACCGAGCGGUACUCGCGCCAGCUCGCCGCCAACCUGACCGCCGCACCCGCCGCACCCCCUGCGCCCGCCGCACCCGCCGCGCCAGUCGCACCCCCCGCACCCGACACGCCGCCCUCCGACGACGAGUUCCAGCCGCGCGGCAGCUCCGACGACGACGAGGAAACCAUCGCAGCCGCCGAGCGCGAGGCCGCCCUCGACGCCGCCGACCACCGCGACGAGCUGGAGGAGCUGCGGCGCGAGUCGCACCUGGCGCUGGACGACCUGCUGCCGCCGGGCUACGUGCCCGCGCACUCGCCGCCCCUCUCCGACUACGGGCCCGACGCCGACUCCGCGGACGACGAGGACACCAUCGCCGAGCAGGAGCUCGCCGAGCGCGCCGAGGACACCGCGGCGGAGGUGCAGGCGCUGCGCCACGAGGCCGACCUCGACAUCGACGAGCUGGUGCGCCGCUACACCGCGCGCGGCGACCACCCCGCCGAAAUAGACGGGGGCGCCCACUCGGACGCUCUUUCUGACAACGACUCGGAUGCGCAUGCAGGGGCCGAUGCGGACGAUGACAACGGCGAUGGCGAUGAUGAAAACAACGACACUAAUGAGAGUAUCGGGGAUGACGAAGUAGACGACUCUGACGAUUCUCGAAGCGAUUCCGCGUCCUCCGUUUCGGAGGCACUGGAGUCGUUGAUGGAGACGGAGACGGAGGGCGGGCGGGGCGGAGAGGGUGGCGAGCAGCGGGUGGAGGCGGCCGCGUCGCUGGCCGCGUCCCUGCAGCCGACGGGCACCACGCUAUCGGAGACGGCGGUGGGCACGCCGGUGCCACGACUGCUGCGGCACGCGCUGCGCGAGUAUCAGCACGUGGGGCUGCACUGGCUGGCCACGAUGCACGCGCGCGGCCUCAACGGCAUCCUGGCCGACGAGAUGGGGCUCGGCAAGACGAUACAGAGCAUCGCGCUGCUGGCGCACCUGGCGCUCGAGCGCCGCGACUGGGGGCCGCACCUCGUCGUCGCGCCCACCUCCGUCGUGCUCAACUGGGAGAUGGAGUUCAAGAAGUGGUGCCCCGCCUUUAAGAUACUCACAUACUACGGCACCAUUAAGGAGAGGAAACUGAAGCGUGUGGGUUGGACUAAAGCAAACUCUUUUCAUGUGUGCAUAACAUCUUACAAGUUAGUAGUGCAAGAUCACCAAAGUUUCCGAAGGAAAAAAUGGAAAUAUCUCAUCCUCGAUGAAGCCCAGAAUAUUAAAAACUUCAAGUCCCAAAGGUGGCAGAUGUUGCUGAACUUCCAAACUGAGAGGCGGCUGCUGCUGACGGGCACGCCGCUACAGAACAGCCUGCUGGAGCUGUGGUCGCUGAUGCACUUCCUGAUGCCCGACGUGUUCGCCUCGCACUCGGAGUUCCGCGAGUGGUUCAGCCCCGUGGCCGGCAUCGCCGAGGGCGGGCAGUGCCACAACGACGCGCUGGUGCGGCGGCUGCACGAGGUGCUGCGACCCUUCCUGCUGCGCCGGCUGAAGGCGGACGUGGAGCGUCAGAUGCCGCGCAAGUACGAGCACGUGCUGAUGUGUCGGCUCGCCAAGCGGCAGCGCUUCCUCUACGACGACUUCAUGGCGCGCGCCAAGACGAAGGAAAGCCUCUCCUCCGGCAACUUGUUGAGCGUGAUCAACGUGUUGAUGCAGCUGCGCAAAGUGUGCAACCACCCCGACCUGUUCGAGCCGCGCGCCGUCAGCUCACCCCUGCAAGUGCCCGCCCUCCUCCUCCCCCUGCCCGCCCGCCUGCUGGGCGCCGCGGCCGACGCGCGCCGCGCCCUCGCCCUCGCCGCACGCCUCGCCGGCGACCUCGCCGCGCUCGAGGCGGCCGGCGCCGAGGCCUUCGCCGCGCACCGCACGCGCCACCUCGCGCCGCCGCGCCGCGCGCUGCACCACGCGCCCGCCACCCCGCACCCGCCGCGCCCGCCGCCCUGCGCGCUGCGUCUGCACCUCCGCCUCGUGCCGCGCACACCGCCCGCGCUGCCGCCGCCGCCGCCGCCGCCCGUCGCGCCGCCGCUCGCCCGCCCCUCCGCCGGGCCGGUGCAGGCGGCGGGGGGCGCGGCGGGCGAGGCGCGCGGGGCGGAGGCGCGCGCUGCGGCGUGGCGACGACACUCGCUGCGCAGACUGGCUGCGGCCAACGAGCGCCGCUGCUGGCGGCUGCCGCUGUACGGCGCGGACCUGCGCGCCGCGGUGUGCGCCGGCCCGCCCGCGUUUCCGCCGCGCGACCUACACGACCUAUUGCAGCAGAUGAACGAAAUUAUCGAUCGGUUCAGCAUCUGUUGCGGCGGAGCGCGCGCGGGCGGGCCGCGUCUGCAGUGCGGCGGCGGCGCGGAGUGGCGCGCGUGGCGGCGCGGCGCGCGGCUGGCGGUGCGGGUGGCGGGUCCGCCGGCGCGCGCCGCCCUCGCGCUACUGCACGCGCCCGCCGCGCGCCAGGCCGUCGCCUUCCCGCACCCGCGCCUGCUGCAGUACGACUGCGGUAAGCUGCAGACGCUGGCGGGGCUGCUGCGCCGGCUGAAGACGGGCGGACACCGCGUGCUCAUCUUCACGCAGAUGACGCGCGUGCUGGACGUGCUGGAGGCGUUCCUGUCCAUGCACGGGCACACAUACCUGCGACUGGACGGCGCGACGCGCGUCGACCUGCGCCAGCCGCUCGUCGACCGCUUCAACUCGGACGCGCGCGUGUUCGCGUUCAUCCUGUCGACUCGCAGCGGCGGCGUCGGACUCAACCUGACGGGCGCCGACUGCGUCGUCUUCUACGACUCGGACUGGAACCCCACGAUGGACGCGCAGGCGCAGGACCGCUGCCAUCGCAUCGGGCAGACGCGCGACGUGCACGUCUUCCGGCUCGUCACCGCCGCAACCGUCGAGGAGAACAUCCUGCGCAAGGCGGAGCAGAAACGUGCGCUCGGCCACCUCGCCAUCGAGGACGGCCACUUCACCACCUCCUACCUGCGCCUCUCGAAUAUAAAAGAACUGUUCGGCGGCGAGGGGGGUGAACCGACGCCAGAAGCUGCGGUCGAGCCGGAGGGCGAUGUCGAGGGCGCGGCCCGCGGCGAGCUAGAGUGCGCGCUGGCCGCCGCCGAAGACGAGGCGGACGCGGCCGCCGCCCGCGCCGCGCGUGCAGAGGCCCAGGGCGAGCUGGCGGAGUUCGACGACACGCUGCCCCCGCCCGCCGCACCCGCGCAGCCCGCACCGGCCACGCCCGCACCCGCGCCCGCACCCGCACCUUCACCGCACCACGCCGACCUCGCCGAGUUUGCUACGCUCAUGAAUCAGUUGACGCCGAUAGAGAAGUACGCGAUGCGAUUGGUGGAGAACAGCGAGGCCGCCACCGAGGCGGAGCGCGCUGCGCUCGGCGAGAUGCGGCGCCAGCUGCACGAGUGGGAGCGCGCGCGUCGUGCACUGCGCGACUCCAGCCCCGUCCCCGCACCUGCACCCGCACCCGCACCCGCACCCGCCCCCGCGGACCCCGAGCUGACAUACUGGCGCGGCGACGCGCGCGCCAAGGUGCGUGUUCGUCGUAGACGCGUCGUGCAGCGCGAUUCCCCCUCGCCUCCCUCCCCGCCGCCCUCGCCGCCGCCACGGUCGCGGCCCGCCGCGCCCCUCGCCGCGCCCCCCGCCGCGCCGCAGCCGCGCACGCGCUCCCGCGGCACCGUGCACAUCAACCUGUGGACGCUGGACGAGCGGGGGGAGCGGGAGGAGCGCGGCGGGGCGCGUGAGGAGCGGGGCGGGGCGCGUGAGGAGCGGGGCGGGAGGCGGCGCGGGCUGCGCAACGGCACGCUGGACGCGUGGCUGGCGGCCGCCCCUCGUGUGGGUGAGCGCCGCCGGACCCGCGGAGCGCAUGCCGGUCAGUGUCCCGUCGCACCCGCGACAUCCCCGCGUCCUCCUCGCGUCCUCGCCGCCUCACUGACCGUCUCCUCUGUGCAGAUGUGGUGCCCGCCGACCCCGCCCUCCAGCGACGGCGACGUGUACUGCGACACCUGGGCGCGACCGCUCUACCGGCGCGGCGCCGCGGCCGAGUCCCUGCUGCCCGGCGUCACGCGCCGCGACGGCCGCGGGGGCGCCCCGGGCGUCGCCGGCCGCGACCCGCGCCGUCUGCGUCUCGCCCCGCGCCCCGCCCACGCCCCCCCAUCCAUGUUCGAGCGGAGCGCCGCGGGGGGUGGCGGAGUGCCGCGACCCCGCGCCCGCCCCCGCGCGCCCCUGCCGCACCGCGAACCGCCGCAGCCCGAGUGGGCGGCCGGCGAGGACGCGGCCUUGCGCCGCGCGCUGCGUCUGCAGCGCCUGCCGCCCGACGCGCCGCAAGCGCGCGCUCCCAACUGGGACUGGGUGGCCGAUUUGGUGAACGACGUGGCUCGCGCCUACCGGUCGCCGAGGGCCUGUCGCGACCGGCACGACGUGCUCGCCGACCCCGAACGCGCCCGCCGAAAACAUAAAAAACCCAUCCCGGCCCGCCGGCGCACCGACGACGACUCGCCGCGGCCGCCGUUGCAGCGACUCGACGCCAUGCGGGAGGCGGCCGAACGCCGUCGCGCGGCGCCCAAGCGCCGGCUCGACGACGCCGCGCAUCGCAAUCCCAAGCAUCAGGCUCUGCUCGCGGACCACGGCGUCGACUACGAUGCGCCGCCGACGCCCAUGGAGGUGGCCACGCGCCGCGCGGAGCGGAUAGCGAAAGAGAAGAUGAAAGCGGGGGCCGCGGCCGCGAGCGGGGCGGCGGGGGCGGGAGGCGCGCCGACCGCCGGCCCCGCGCCCGCCGUCGCCCCCGCGCCCUCC